AUGUGCUCCCAGCUCUGGUUCCUGACCGACCGCCGGAUCCGCGAGGACUACCCGCAGGUGCAGAUCCUGCGCGCCCUUCGGCAGCGCUGCUCCGAGCAGGACGUGCGCUUCCGGGCGGUGCUCAUGGACCAGAUCGCAGUCACGGUCGUCGGCGGCCACCUCGGUUUGCAGCUCAACCAGAAGACACUCACCACUUUCCCAGAUGUGGUGCUUGUACGCGUGUCCACACCCUCCGUGCAAUCCGACAGUGACAUCACUGUCUUGCGACACCUGGAGAAGCUGGGCUGCCGCUUAGUCAACCGCCCACAGAGCAUCUUAAACUGCAUCAACAAGUUCUGGACAUUCCAAGAGCUGGCUGGACAUGGGGUCCCCAUGCCAGAUACAUUCUCCUAUGGUGGGCAUGAAGACUUCUCAAAGAUGAUCGAUGAAGCUGAGCCCCUGGGUUACCCCGUGGUGGUGAAGAGCACACGGGGACAUCGUGGAAAAGCUGUUUUUCUUGCAAGAGAUAAGCAUCACCUUUCAGACAUUUGCCAUUUGAUCCGCCAUGAUGUGCCCUACCUAUUCCAGAAGUAUGUGAAAGAAUCACAUGGAAAAGAUAUUCGAGUGGUCGUUGUUGGGGGCCAAGUGAUAGGCUCAAUGCUUCGCUGCUCCACAGAUGGCCGGAUGCAAAGCAACUGCUCUCUUGGUGGUGUGGGUGUCAUGUGCCCGCUGACAGAACAAGGCAAGCAGUUGGCUAUUCAAGUGUCCAAUAUCCUAGGCAUGGACUUCUGUGGCAUUGAUCUCCUCAUCAUGGAUGAUGGCUCUUUUGUGGUGUGUGAGGCAAAUGCCAAUGUUGGUUUCCUAGCAUUCGACCAAGCGUGCAACUUAGAUGUGGGUGGGAUCAUUGCAGACUACACCAUGUCCCUGCUGCCAAAUAGACAGACUGGGAAGAUGGCCCUCCUCCCAGGACUGUCUAGUCCCAGGGAGAAGAAGGAGCCAGAUGGCUGUGCUUCAGCUCAGGGAGUUCCAGAGAGUGUCUACACCAUCAACAAUGGGUCUACCUCUAGUGAGAGCGAGCCUGAACUGGGAGAGAUCCGAGAUCCCUCAGCAAGCACAAUAGGAUCACCAACCUCCAUGCUGCCAGACUCCAGCUACAACAUUAACAACAGGAUUGCUUCUGAAUUAAAACUUAAGUGAAUUCUUGCCUUUUUUCCCCCUUCAGCAUUUAAACCAAAUUCUACUGCUUCCCUAGUAGUUUUGAGUGAAUAAAAUAUGGACUGAAGAGAUUUCAUUUGCACAGAAACUAGAAGUCCCAUCUGGACACUCAGCAUUCUUUCUAACGAUGAUUCAAGCAAAUGGCAUAACUGUGUAGUUUUUACGAGGACUAUUAUAAAAACACUCACCAAAA